CAGGAGGAUGAGCGGGGCGCUGCGGGGAGCGGCGCCGGCUGCAGUGAGAAAGAUAUGGUGGCUGUGAGUGGGAUCUAGCGCUCAUGGUUGAGAAGAGCUUUUCACAAAGGAGUGAGCACUUGAAAGGAGUGAAUGAGAUGAACUGUUUGGGUUAUAGUAUCUGAAAGGCUAAAUCAUUCUCUUGGAGAGACUUUCUAAAUGAGCCUGACCGAGAUCCUGGAUCUGUGUGAAGAGGACUAAGGAUAUAGGAUGUCAACUGAGACAGAACUUCAAGUGGCUGUUAAAACCAGCACAAAGAAAGACUCCAAAAAGAAAGGUCAGGAUCGCAGUGAAGCCACUUUAAUAAAGAGGUUUAAAGGGGACGGUGUUCGAUACAAAGCAAAACUGAUUGGGAUAGAUGAGGUUUCUGCCGCACGAGGAGACAAGUUAUGCCAAGACUCCAUGAUGAAGCUCAAGGGAAUUGUUGCUGCGGCUCGUUCGAAAGGAGAACAUAAACAAAAAGUCUUCUUAACAGUCUCCUUUGGAGGAAUCAAAAUCUUCGAUGAAAAGACAGGGCUAUUACAGCACCACCAUGCAGUUCAUGAAAUUUCAUACAUUGCAAAGGAUAUCACAGACCAUCGAGCGUUUGGAUAUGUAUGUGGAAAGGAGGGAAAUCAUAGAUUUGUGGCAAUAAAAACAGCCCAGGCAGCUGAACCUGUAAUUCUGGACUUGCGAGACCUGUUUCAGCUCAUCUAUGAACUGAAACAAAGGGAAGAAAUGGAAAAAAAGGCACAAAAGGACAAACAGUGUGAGCAAGCGGUAUACCAGACAAUAUUGGAAGAAGAUGUAGAAGAUCCUGUAUACCAGUACAUUGUGUUUGAGGCUGGACACGAGCCAAUCCGUGAGCCUGAAACGGAAGAAAACAUUUAUCAGGUUCCUACCAGCCAAAAGAAGGAAGGUGUUUAUGAUGUGCCAAAAAGUCAACCUGUAAGUCUGCAGAAUGGAAACUUAUUGCUGGACAUUGAUGAAAAUCUUGUUUCAGUCACUCAGGCUGUUACCCAACUAGAGCUUUUUGGGGACAUGUCCACUCCUCCUGAUGUAACCUCUCCCCCAACUCCUGCUACUCCAGGUGAUGCCUUUAUCCCAUCUUCAUCCCAGUCACUUCCUGCUAGUACAGACAUGUUUGGUUCUGUACCUUUCAGCACUGCUGCCGUACCCUCAGGUUAUGUUGCCAUGGGAGCUGUUCUGCCCUCAUUCUGGGGACAGCAACCACUUGUUCAACAGCAGUUGGCCAUGGGUGCUCAGCCUCCAGUUGCUCAGGUGAUGCAGGGAGGACAGCCGAUAGCUUGGGGCCAACCCGGUAUUUUUCCUCCUACUCAGCAACCGUGGCCAUCUGUAGCUGGUCAGUUCCAACCAACUGCCUUCAUGCCAACACAAACUGUUUUGCCUUUACAAGCAGCCAUGUUUCAAGGUACCAUUGCUCCUAUUGCUACUGUUCCACCCACAAGUGAUUCCAACAGAUCGAGCCCACAGACAGACAGGCCCAGACAGAAAAUGGGAAAAGAAAUGUUUAAAGAUUUCCAGAUGGCUCAGCCUCCACCAGUGCCAUCAAGAAAACCAGAUCAGCCUUCCCUCAGUUGUACCUCAGAGGCCUUCUCCAGUUACUUUAACAAAGUUGGGAUGGCACAGGAAGCAGAUGAUUGUGAUGACUUUGACAUCUCUCAGUUAAAUUUGACUCCUGUGACUUCCACGACACCAUCUACAAAUUCACCUCCAACCCCUGCACCCAGACAGAGUUCUCCAUCGAAAUCAUCAGCAUCUCAUACCAGUGAUCCUGCAGCAGACGACCUCUUUGAAGAGGGGUUUGAAAGCCCAAGCAAAAGUGAGGAGCAAGAGGCUCCUGAUGGGUCUCAGGCCUCAUCCAACAGUGAUCCAUUUGGUGAGCCAACUGGUGAUACUAUAAGUCCACAGGUCGGUAGCUAGAUAGCACAGGUUGGGGAAGCAGAACCUCUCUACGCCCAGAUUAACAGACCUAAGAAAUAGCAUUGUUACAGGCUUGUGGUGCUCCAAGACUCAAAACGAAACCCAACAACCUGGCAGGCCUUUGGCUUUCGUGCUUUUUUCUGAUUGAUUCUGACUGACAAGGAGAGAUGAUUGCCCUCCUGGACUGGCUCUACGAGUGUUCCUGAUGGUUCUUUUUGGCAACCAAUGGCAGAUUCCUGUGGCAGCACAAAGUAAAACUCUCCCUGCUUCUCAUACCACGAGUCCCUGUCCCCACAAGUUGUGGGUAUCCAGACUAAGAAAUCUUACUCCUCCGUCUUCUUUUAAGCAUUUGUUGUCGUCUGUAUGCCACAUAUAAAUAAUGAGCAUCUGGAAUUUAUUAAGUGUGAGACAUUCUUUUUCUUUUGAGCAAAAAGCAGAGUCUGUAUGUAGCAGUGGCAUUAUCAUUCAACAGCCUUUUGGGCACACGUCGGCACUUUUUAUGUCAUGGUGACAUGUUUUUCAUUGUCAUUUACAUCAGGCUGAUCCUGGCUUUUUUAUUUGUCCCCUGUGUAGACAUAUUUAAACAACAACAACAAAAUACUGGCACUGUCAUUUUUUCUUUUGUCUUUCUUACUCUGUAGUUUUGUAUGAGUGACAGAUCUAACAGCAAAACACCUCCUGCGGAAAGGCUUCCUAACUUGAAACCACAGCAUCAAACUCGGUCGUUCAUCCAUCCUGACUGAAAACGUUGCCAAAUGGACCUUGAAGUUCUAUUCUAGCGCAGCAUGAGGACGAAAUGCUGCUUUCUGUUGGAAUGCUCAUGUUGUGGGUAGAGAAUGGAUAUUGAGUCCCACUGAGGAAAGACGAAAGAGUCAGUAUUUCCUAGGAAACUCUAAACAAAGUGCAGAAAAGGAAUAUUUUUAUUUCUUCAAUAUCUUGCUGCUGUAAUGCUAUGCAGACAAGUGUUUUCUUCUCUGUGUGCCAUUUUUGAUGAAAAACAAAAAUCAUUUGCCAAAUAAUGCUGGUAUGAUUCUGGUAUAGGGAUUUGGAUGAAGCGGACUUUACAAAUGGAACAUGGAUGGCAUGGAUUUUGGAAUAACAAACUGAUUCUGUGAUCAAAUUGUUCAUCUUUAUCACUUUUUGUACAUCAGAAAAAUCAAAUGGGAUUUUUAUUUUAUAACUUGAAAAAAAAAAGAAAAAACUUACUGUUAAACUCUUUAAAUGUUUAAGGGGAAAUGGCUUUAAGGAGUUCGAAUGAAAAUUGCCAGUCUUUUUGUAAAUAUAAAUGUUAUGGAAAUUCUUUUACUAAUGCCAUUACACAGUAGAGAAGGUAGCAAGGUGCAGUGCUUGGGAGGUGUGGCAAACCCAGUUUGUGGUUCUCACAUCACAUACAUUUUUUCACAUGCUUACAGUAAUGGGGCUGAAGCUCAAGUGCAGUCAGCUUGUCAGCAACUAGUGAAAUUAAUGGGAACACAUGGUUUUAUGAUCUAGAAUUAUCACAUGGACACAUUCCGCUUACAAGAAAUCACAUUUCAUUGACAUUCCUUUGAACCUCUGCAUAGAAGUCAUCCAACUGUUUACACACAGAGCAAAAGAAUUUAAAAGUUCCUUUUCUUACAUUUACGAAGCAGAAGUGCAGUGUUUGGGUUCAUAUGUUUAGCACAUGAUUUUCAUAAAGAAGCUAUAUAUUUUUGCCCUACAGAGAAUUGUUAUACAGGUCAAAUGUGUUUUCCUGAUAUUCCUAUGCAGUUACAGUAUAUUGAAUUUAGUGGUUUAACACUAAAAUGAAAAAAGAUAAAGGAAAAAUUAAAAAAGAAGAAAAAAAAAAGAAAA